AUGUGUGAUCGUUAUCCUAUCAUUUAUGAAAUUAUGUGGGCUCUAUCAUUCAACAGUAGAAUCCGAGAGCAACUUCGAAUUGAUCAAGUCUUUAUGCACAAAUUAGUUCAGCUCGAAAAAGAUUGUCAUGAUGAGAAAAUGCGUAAGAUUGCCCAUGGAAUCUUUUGGAAUUUGGAAUUGAAUCAUGAUGAAUAUGCACUAUCAGAGAAAAACCUCGGAAUAACAUUUGAUAUUAUGAUCAGCUAUUCACACGUCGAAAAAAAAAUUUGCCAAGAACUCUACGAAGAACUUACUCGAAAAGGAUUUCGAGUAUGGAUUGAUUUUGAUCAAAUGCAUGGCAAUGUCAUGGAUACAAUGGCACACGCUAUUGAACAUUCAAAAACAAUUAUCAUUUGUAUGAGUGAAAGCUAUAGACGUAGUAGCUAUUGUCGAGCAGAAGCAGAUUAUGCAUUUCAGCGUCAACUCAAAAUUGUUCCUAUUCGUUUACAAAAACACUACAAACCAGAUGGUUGGCUUUUGUUUCUUAUCGGACAAUUAUACUACGUUGACUUUACGAAAUACGAUUUUCCACAAGCUUUCGAUGCAUUAAUGAAAGAAAUCAAAACUCCACGUUUCUAUGAUACUCCUAAACGGAUUGUGGAAGUUAACCAAGAAUCUGACGAAGUAAGCUUCAGUUCACCGGUACAGUUAUCAACAUCUCUGCCAUCUGUGCUUCCAGAUAAUGUACUUGAUUGGUCCCAGGUACAAGUGUCACAGUGGUUGAUUGAUCAUAAUCUCGUGCACAUGGCUCGUCUUCUUUGUGAUUAUGAUGGACGAAGUUUGAUCUAUUUCAAUGAGUAUCUUACUAAAGUAAAUCCUCAACAAAUGUUAACAUUUCUUCAAGAGGAUUCACUUCGACGAACCAAUCAGUCUUUGUCGGUGGUUGAACUAGCUCGUUUUCGAAGCAUAUACGAUAAACAUCAGCAAAGCCUUGUCCAAUCGACAACAGCAAACGAGCGAAAAAAGGAAAAUGACUCUGCAGCCAUGUGUCUUAUGAUGUAG